AUGGAUCAAUCUCUCCUAUCUCUUGUCGCCGGAAAACACACCGCCGGCGACGACAACAACAUCUCACCGGAAAAAAUCCCCUACUACGACCUAUCACAAAUCUACCACAAUUAUUACUUCCUUUCUUCUGCCUUUCAGUUUCCGUACAUCCCAUCCUACAAUUUCCCCAACAACAACAUAUAUCUUGAUGAUCAUAUAGUUGACUACUACUGUUCCUUAACCAACCAAACAUUCAAAAAACCCAGACCCGAACCCGAAAUAACUCCGUAUCAGUACUUCACUCCAACACUUGUCUUAAAUAAUGAGUUACCUAGUCUAGAUGAUCCCUAUUCACUAGAACACGUCAUCACCGACCCAUCUUUUACUAACUACAGCAAACCAACUGAGCCGAAUCCGGUUCAACAACCCCAAAAAAAACAAGAAUCGAACCGGGUUCGGGUUAACAAGGAAAAAAUGCGAAUAAGGCGAAAAAACAUUAGCGACAAAACAAUGUAUUUGAAAAAUCUGUUACCGUCGAGGGACAAAAAGAUGGAGAUGGCAACUGUUUAUGCUGAAGCGAGUAAGUACAUAAAGUAUUUGAAAGCACAAAUUAAGGUGUUGGAAGCAAUGCCUACUGUUGGUGAUAAUCAUGGGUAUAAUGGGUCGUGUUCGGGUUCGAAUUUCGGGGGUGAUGAAAGUGAUAGUAGUGGUGGUGAUGUAGAUGGGUGUGGGGGAAAGUUGAGAAAAUUGAAAAGGGGUGAGUUGUUGGAGGUUUUGGUGAAUUCUAAGUCUGCUCAAAGAAUGAUGUGUUCCAUUGGUUUUUGUGUUUAUUCUGUUGAACAGAAGUUGUUGCUUAAGGAACUUGAUGAUAAGCAUUUGUUGUCUACUGAUCCU